AUGACCAACCCAAAUAUCCUGCCAGAGUACAAUCGUAGGAAAUUCAUUCUAAACACAGGCGCCGCCCUCCCAGCCAUCGGCCUCGGGACAUUCCAAGACCCAGAUGAGCAACUAGCCGCCGUAUCAAUUGCUCUAAAGCUUGGAUAUCGCCAUAUUGACACUGCCCAUAAUUACGGGACAGAAAAACAAAUCGGCGAAGCCAUCCAGCGCUCUGGUAUUCCUCGUCGUCAGAUCUUCAUUACAACCAAGCUGUGGUGCAAUGCGCACCACCCAGAGGAUGUGGAGGCUGCACUUGAUGCGUCUUUGGCAGACCUCGGGGUUGAAUACGUGGAUCUGUACCUGAUGCACUAUCCGUGUGCGUUUAAGCGUGGAGAGGAGUUGAUGCCCAUUGACGUGAAUGGGAAGCUUAUGCUGGAGAACAUUCCCAUUAUUGAUACGUGGAGGGCUAUGGAGAGGCUCGUGGAGACUGGCAAAGCGAGAGCAAUUGGAGUGUCUAAUUUCAGUCAAGGAGAGAUGGAAGUUAUCCUCAACGAGGGUUCAGUGAUUCCCGCUGUGCAUCAAAUGGAAUUACACCCGUAUCUUCAACAACCCGAGUUCGCUGCGUGGCACCGCAGACAUGGAAUCCAGUUGAUACAGUUCAGUCCAUGCGGGAACAUGAAUGAUUUUUACCGCGAGGUCUCGUGGGGAAAGGAGGUCGCGCAAAUGACCAGGCUCAUUGACCAUCCGGAUCUCGGUAAAGUCGCAGCAAAGCAUGGCAAGUCUUCGGUGCAGACUGCGUUGGCUUGGGCUAUCAGCCAAGGCAGAGCAGUGAUUCCGAAGACGACAAUUGAGUGGCAGGUGAGAGAGAAUCUGGAGGCGGAGUUUGAGCUCGAUGACGAGGAUUGCAGAAUUAUUGCGACUAUGGACAGGGAAGCACGGUUUAAUGACCCUAGUCCCGACUUUGGAUACCAGUUGUAUGUGGGAUUGGAUGGUGCAGAUAACCAACGGCAGCAGUUGCUGUAG